AUGAGAUACUCCAAAGACGAAUAUGCCGACUACACAGCACAACUUAAGGGAGACAGCUACGAUGGGACCAAAAGAAAUGCCUACGGAUGUGUGAAGCAACUUUUCCUCCUAAAGAAAUCCAAUCGUCAUCUCAAGACUCUGCUUUCCAUCGGCGGGUCGGGGGCCGGGUCUGCGAACUUCAGCUCUGCCGCAAGCACACCUGACACCCGUGCCAGAUUCGCCUCGACCUCGGUCUCCCUGAUGUGGAAUUGGGGUUUCGACGGUAUCGAUAUCGACUGGGAGUAUCCGCAUGAUGAAAUCGAUGCUGCUAAUUUAGUUUCCCUCCUUAAGGCUAUACGGAUUGAGCUCGACGCACAUGCGAGAAACUACGCCUCGGGCCAUCACUUUUUACUGUCCAUUGCCGCCCCGGCUGCUCCUGAGCAUUACUUAAAGCUUCAACUGAAGCAUAUGGGCGACAUCGUUGACCAUAUCAACCUCAUGGCUUAUGACUACUCUGGAAGCUGGGAUCACAUCAGUGGUCAUAACGCCAACCUCUUUCCGUAUAAACGUCCUGUCACACAGCUCAAUCUCGACUACACCCUCAACGAAAGCUUCGAAACAGCGAUCAAUACGCACUAUGCUAUCAUGCACUAUCUCAGAUCCGGGGUACGCGCUGAAAAGAUUGUCCUCGGCAUACCUGUCUUCGGCCGCUCCUUUGAAAAUAACUCGGGCCUCGGAAAGACGUUCCAUAAUGUUGGGAAAGGCUCCUGGGGGGAACCUGGCGUCUGGGAUUACAAGGCACUUCCCAAGGCAGGAGCCACAAUCAUAUACGGCCCAAUGGCCCAUGCUUCUUUCAGUUACGACGAGAGAAGCCGCGAAUUAAUCUCCUACGACACUCCGAGCGUGGUUGAGCAGAAGGCAGCAUACGUGCUGGACUAUGGUCUUGGCGGAAGCAUGUUCUGGGAGGCUUCUGCGGACAAGCAGGGAGAUGGCUCCCUUAUCGGCACAAGCUACCGCGCCUUGGGAAGCCUAGAAACGACGCCGAACUGGCUGGAUUACAAGAAUUCGUACUUUGAAAACAUUGCGACAAAGAUGGGUGAGGACUAUAUCUGA